UUUUCUUUUCUGAUUGUCCCCCCCAAAAAAAAUUCUCAGUUAAAUUCGAUUUCAGAAAAUAAAAAAUUGUUUUUGGGGCUUUUGCAAAAUCCCAAUUCUGAGAUCACAGUUUGACGUGAAAUCAAUAAAUUUCAGAGCUUGUAAAGGAGGGAGCGAGUUUGUGAGUGAGAACUAAGAGAAAGAAGAAGAAGAAGAAGAGAGAAGGAAGAAUGGGUGCACAGAAAAAGGGUGCAACUAGGUUUUCAGAGGACCCUGAGGAACUGGCACGUGUCCCCUUGCAAGCCAUCCUAUUGGCUGAUAGCUUCACCACCAAGUUCCGACCCAUCACUCUCGACCGCCCCAAAGUACUAUUACCAUUAGUUAAUGUCCCGAUGAUAAAUUACACCCUAGCAUGGCUUGAAUCUGCUGGCGUUGAGGAGGUUAUAGUUUUUUGCUGUGCUCACUCCAAGCAAGUGAUUAAUUAUUUGGAGAGUUCCGAGUGGUUUUCACAUCCAAACUUUUCUGUCAUGACAAUAGAGUCGCACAAUUCUAUCAGUGCUGGUGAUGCUUUGCGCUUAAUAUAUGAGCGUAAUGUGAUACAAGGAGAUUUUGUCCUCAUUAGUGGAGACACUGUGAGCAAUAUGUCACUUACACAGGUCCUUAAAGAACAUAAGGAGAGAAAGAAGAAAGAUAGUAAUGCUAUAAUGACCAUGAUUAUUAAACGGUCAAAGUCUUCUUCAAUCAUUCAACAAUCUCGACUUGGUACUGAUGAGCUGUUUAUGGCAAUAGAUCCUAAUACUAAGCAGCUUUUAUAUUAUGAGGACAAGGCAGACCAUUCAAAAGGGGCAAUAUGUCUUGAUAAGUUGCUGCUCACUGAUAAUCCUUCAAUUUCUUUGCACAAUGACAAGCAGGAUUGCUAUAUUGACAUCUGCUCACCGGAAGUCCUCAGCCUUUUUACAGACAAUUUUGACUACCAACAUCUUCGGCGCCAUUUUGUCAAGGGAUUGCUUGUUGAUGAUAUUAUGGGCUACAAAGUAUUCACUCAUGAAAUCCACUCAAAUUAUGCGGCUAGAAUUGAUAACUUCCGAAGCUAUGGCAGUAUUAGUAAGGACAUAAUUCAGAGGUGGACAUACCCAUUUGUUCCAGACGUUAAGUUCUUUGGGAAUUCUGCCAUUAAACUUGAAAGACAAGGGAUGUAUCGAGCAUCAGACGUAGUGCAAUCACGUUCUGCAGAAGUCGGUUCUUUCACUGUUAUUGGAAAUGGUACCAGAAUUGGGAAUAACACUAAAAUUUCAAAUUCGGUUGUUGGGGAAGGUUGUACUAUAGGAUCAAAUGUUUCAAUAGAAGGUUCCUAUAUAUGGGAUAAUGUUAUUAUUGAAGAUGGUUGUAAGCUAAUGCAUUCAAUAGUAUGUGAUGGAGUGGUUAUAAAGUCAGGAGCAGUUUUGGAUCCUGGUGUAGUUUUGUCUUUUAAGGUUAUAAUAGGACAACAAUUUGUUGUUCCUUCGUACUCUAAGGUAUCGUUAUUUCAACAGCCGACUAAGCAAGAUAGUGACGAGGAGCUGGAGUAUGCUGACAAUAGCAGUGGGAUUGUAGAAAAUUCAUCAAUGGCAGAUACUGUGGAUAAGUCAAAUGGUCAGCUUACAUCCGAAUUAUUAGAUGAAGAGUGUGGGCCUACAUAUGAGCUUGGUACAGGUGGGGUUGGAUAUAUUUGGUCAAUAUGUGAAGGAAGUCAUGAAGAAGAAUGGAGGCAUUCAAUUGCACCGAUUCCUGCAGAUAAACUUGCCGAGGCAAUGCAAACUACCGAUGAUGAUCUGGAGUUGUUAACUCAAGAUGGCAGUGUUCUCCCUCCUUCUGGAGAAUUAAAACCUGACUCUAAUUAUUCAGAUGAUAAUGAAGAUCCAAGAGAUGUUUCCAUCUACUUUGAGAAAGAGGUUGAAGCAACUUUUCUAAGGGCUGUGCAUGAAAACAUUAAAGAAGAUAAUGUAAUCUUAGAAGUGAACUCAUUGCGGUUGUCAUACAAUAAAUUAUUCACAGACUGUGCUGGAGCUAUAUUUUAUUCUUUGAUGAAGUUGGCAUUAGAAACUCCACAUAGUUCACCUAGUGAAUUAUGUAAUAGCACAAUGGACGUAGUUACAAAAUGGAAAAAACUUCUGAAGUCUUACCUGACUGACAUUGAUGAGCAGAUCGAAGUAAUACAAAAAUUUGAAGAAAUUUGUUUGGAAUCUGCCAAGGAAUUCUCUCCAUUGUUUUCAAAGAUUCUAUUUCAUCUGUAUGACAAAGAUCUCAUACAAGAAGAUGCUAUUCUAAAGUGGGAUGAUGAGAAAAAAAAUGCUGACGAAGCAGAUAAAGUUUUUGUUAAGCAGUCAGAAAAAUUUAUUCAAUGGUUGAGAGAGGCACCGGAAGAAGACGAUGAAGAAGAAGAUGAAGAAGAAUAGAAAGGAGAUCUAAUUUGCCCGAGGUGGGAUAUACUGUUACAGGUAUCAAAUUGAUGUUAUCAUCUUUUAGGGUGUUGUAUUAUAUAGUGGUGAUAAGGGUUUUGUCCAUGGUCUAAAAAUUUGUAAGAGCCAUGAUCCAUUUUCAAUAGAGGGAACCCAAAACUGAAACUUUUUUUUUU